UUAUGUAAUGCCUCAGACAGGCCACUGGAAAGAAAGGAGUGUGUUUAUUUGGGACACGGCGAGUAUCGUAGGCGAGAAUUAAAAGCACUUGAGUUUGUGAAGGGGGAAUAAUAAGGUCUGGGUUUGUUGUGUGAAUGGGGAAGAAGGUUGUUUUUAUUUGUGUUUUGUAGGUAGGUAGGUGUGGGAGCUGAGAGUAGAGUGAGGAUAAGCUGUGCGGUAAUGUUGUCUUUUUUUUUUUAAAAAAGCAGUGUGUGUGAAGUUGUGAUAUCCGAGUCAUUAGAUAAUAAUAAUAAUAAUAAUAAUAGGAUUGAAGGUGAAUGUAUAGUAAUGCUGGUUUAGUUGUGGUGUAAACAAGGGGUAGUUAAGCUUGUAGAAGGUUGCAUGGGUUUGUUUUCAGUUUAAACUUUUCACCCUGAGCUCAAUAAUAUGCUUUAAAAAAUCCUUUGCAUCAUAGCAAGUAUGAGUUAAUGUUGUGCACUUUGAGAUGAUGGUGAGUAUAGAUGAUCUAGUGCAGUAUAGUGAGAAUAGUGUGCAUGUGUUUAUUUCUAGCUCGUGCGUAAAGUGCCAUGGCGGACUCGGUGAAGACUUUCCAGGCGCAUCUGACCGCUGUGAUGGACAGCCUGGUGCGCGCCUCUGUGUGCGAGAUCACCAAGCUGUUCGAGGACACGGUGAACGACUACCUGGUGGAGAUCUCGCUCAACCGGAAGGAGAACGAGGCUCUGAAGCUGCGCCUGAGACUCACCGAGAACAAGCUGAGGAACGAGCGGAAGUACGGGCUCGCUUGGGCGGCCAGUCGGCGCGCAGCCGGCCUGCUCGCUCCUGAUGAGACCGGCGCAGCAAAAAAGCACAAGCUGGAUCCUAGUAGUAGAGGCAAGCAGGCCAAGGAGUGGAGCGGUGUGUGGGAGGAGGGGGUUGGAGGAGCGAGGGAGGAGAGGAGGGAGGAGACGAGGGACGUGUGUCACACGCUUCCACCAACCGCAGUGGAAGGAGAGGAGCAGGAGGAGGAGAGGAGACGCGUCUCCGGGGAGAGAAAGGAGGUGGCCAGCGUUAAAGAGGAGGAGGAUGUUUACAGGUGCGAGUCAGUGAGGCUGCUGCAGGAGGCGCUUCAGAUGAGCCAGACUGAAAGCAACACGGCACACGAAGAUUUGGAUCCGGUCUCUACUGGUCCAGGAUCAGCUGUGGGUGAAGUAUGGGAGCAGCCCAAUCUCUCAGCCGGACCUACAAACAGCAGCAAUGAGCUCAGCGGGCUAGAGACUGCUACCUUAAAGGUGGAGUGUGAGAGGGAGGAGGCGGGAUCUGCACUGACCAGCCCGUCCCAUGCUACGGACCGAGCCGAAGGUGUGGAGUUCAUCGGCCUGGACGGUUUGUGUAGCUCUCAGCAGGACCCUGCUUCCUCAACGUGUGAAGCCAACACUGCUGAGUUAGGCACCGGGAGUCAGGAAGAUGACGAGGAGGAGGAGUCAGGUCGAGAGGGUGAGGACUUACUGCAUUUCUGCCCUCAAUGCGGUGGCGGCUUUAACUCCGCAUCGGACCUGGCUGAACACGUGUGCCCGUUGGCUGAGGAACGUUUCCAGUGUUCGGUGUGUGGCCGGGCCUUCAGUCACGCCUGGAGCUUGAAGAGCCACGAGUGCAUACAGGUGGGCGAGCAGCCGCACCGCUGUGAACUCUGCGGGAAACGCUUCACACAUUCGCGCUCCCUUGAGCGCCACCAGCUGGUACACACAGGCGAGCGUCCACACCGGUGCCCACAAUGCGGCCGCAGUUUCAGCCGCCUGGGCAACCUCGAGCGGCACCAGCGCAUCCACACGGGCGAGCGGCCGUACGAGUGCGGAGCGUGCGGCAAACGCUUCAGUCGCAUCGAGUACCUCAAACGGCACCAGCAGAUCCAUAGUGGAGAGAGGAACCAGACACUUGGCGACACGGAGCUGAAACGCAAUCAGUGCUUCUCCAGCGCUUGAUAAACUGCUUAAUACUUGACCUAAUUCUCCAUCCAGCUUUAAAAACCAAUGAUCCAUACUUCUGAAUGUCCUCAGAUCCUUGAAGCUGAUUUAUUUUCACACAUGAAUCAUAUCUCAUAGGGCUUCAUAAUAUGUAUGUCAUUUGUUAAUCAUUUAUUAUAGGAUUAGCGCUUUUCAAUACUGAUAUUGGAGAAGCCUACAUAAUGCCAAUAAGCACAAACUUUUUUUUUUUCUUUCCCCCCCAGAUAACAGCUCUGUGGGUGUAUUUUGGGAAAAUCUGGCAUUGGUGUAAUCCUUAGAUUAAUCCUUAUUCUUAUUUGGUAUGUCAGAUCUUUAAAUGUCACACAUCACAGGCUCAUUGAUGUGUGGUUUUUUUUUUUUUUGGUUUGUUUUUUUUUUAAAUAUGUUAGGAGUCAUAUCACAGUUGAGACAUGUAGAAGUAGAAUCAUAAUGUACUCCUCCUUUCUUUUCCUCCAUGUUGUACAGCCCUAAUAUUCCAUCUUUUCCUGAAUCUAAUCAUCCUAAAAACAGCAAGAUGUUAGAUAAGACUAUUUUAUUUCAUUUGAAACAUGUCAGAGAAAGUGUGUGUGUGUGUGUGAGAGAGAUCCUGAUCCUAAAAAAAAACCAAAACAAAGUGCACACAUUCUUCUGCAUCAAACAAGCACUACCUUUUGUGCAUUACACUCUGCGUCAGUCAUACGGUUAGGUGUCUCUUGUAUGUCUUCCUCAGCCAGAGCUGGAUUAAAGUCCGCGUUUCAUCUGUCAGAUGAAAUCGGGAUUCUAAUCACUGAUUUUAUACCACUUAUAGUUUGACACCUCCAUAUAAAGCCUUAUUUGAAUGGGAUUCGUGUCUCUGGGUGAAUUCUGGAAUUAGUCAUUUUAUACACCAUGUCCAGGAAAACUCCCAUGUCUGUGUGUAGUAAACAAAUUUGUAUCACACCUGAUCAUAUGUUGUUUUAUAUACAUUCAAGGUUAGAAUGUUAUUGGCUCAUUUGCAGUUAUUUUAUUUAUUUCACAGCAUUUAACAUUAUAUGGUUAAUAGAAAUGCUGAUCGAUUUAUUUCCAGAAAACUAAAGGAUAUACGAUAUGUUGUAUAAAUAAAAGGCGGCUUUGUAAAUGACUAUA